AUGUAAUAAAUGUUAAUCCCUACAAGUUCAGGAUAGACUUCAUUAGAAAACAAUACAAACAUUCUAUAUGAAUGUAUAGUAGAAAGAAGACACUUAUUCUUAAAUCGAAAAUAUUAUCUACAAUUAACAACGCAAUGUCUCACUCUAAGUGAAGUAAUUAAAUAUUUUGAUAAAUUUAAAUAGAAACAAAACCAGUAGAAUCCAAAAUAUAUCUAUUAAUUAAAAAUAGAUAAAGUAUUCACUUGGUCUGUUCUUAAUAAUAAAAUUGUUGGGUUUUAGCUUCCAUAUUAAGAUAAAAUAAAAGACUUCUUUGGUAAUCCAAAUGAUAUGGUGAAUCUAAAGACAAAGAUGGGUGCUUUGGUUUGUUAUUAAAAGAUAGAAAUGUUUUAUAAGAAAGAGGAAAUCCUUUAAACUGGUUCUUUUGGAAAAGUAGUUUUAUGUAAUUAAUAUUGUUAGGUCACUAAAGAAAUCUGUAGAUUCACCUCUAAUAUUGUAGCUAUUAAGAGUAUUAAAUGUUAAAACAAUCAGAGUCCAGCCAUUAAAAAUGAAAUUGAAAUACUCAAAAAAUUGAAGUAAGGUAAUGUUUUAAACAUUCUUGAAAUCAAAGAAGUUUAUAAAGAUGAAUUCAAUUACUAUAUUGUUACAGAGUAUCUUCCUGGAUCAAAUCUAAAGUAGCAUCUAGAACGUAAAACUAAACCCUACUCAAUAUAAGAAGCUUUAUAAAUAAUGGAAGUAAUAUUUUAAUUAAAUUUAGUCGCUUUUAAAAGGAUUACAAAGCAUUCAUCAAAAUGGAAUAAUUCAUAGAGACUUAAAACCAGCAAAUCUGAUGUAUCAUAAUAAUUAAAUCAAAAUAAUCGAUUUUGGAUUAGCUUGUUUUAAUGGUAAACAGCUUGAAUAAUACCCAUCUUGUGGUACUACUGGUUAUUCUGCACCUGAAGUACUUAAUGUUUGGAAUAAGAAAUAAGCAUAUGAUUAUAAAGUAGAUUUGUUCAGUGUAGGAUGCAUACUUUAUAAAUUAUUGACAUUAGAUGGACUAUUUAGAAGUAAUAAUGAAAAGGAAACUUUUAAAAAUAAUAAAACAUGUUAAUUCACAAUUAAGGAAAAAGGUUCAGUUUUUGAUUUAGUAUAAUUAUUAGUGAAAGCAGAACCUCAAUAGAGAUUAGAUUGUUAAUAAGCUAUAGAAGCAGUUUAAGCAUUACUUGAUUAUAAAUAUUUUGAUGUGAACAUAUGGUAUACCAAUAAAUUAAAAUAAUAUCAUAUUGGGAGAUCUUAAUGUGAAUUAAAUCAGGAACCUUAAACUAAAUUAUCAAGAUAAUGUAGUUUAACUAAUUUCAAAUAUCAGGAACCAUAAACUGAAAGAUAAAGAAAUAUACCAAAAAAAAUAGACUAAAAUUGA